GCCCUGCGCAGCAUGUCCCUCCGCGAGCACGCACUGUCCCUCUUCCGCAGCGCGGUGGGCACCGUCCGGCCGGCUCCGAUGCUGAAGAGGGCUGUGAAGCUCCAGGGAAACGGGUGCCCUCAGCUGCUGGUGAAGGGCCAGGCCUUUCCAGUGAGGAGGGACCUGUACCUGGUGGGUUUUGGCAAAGCUGUGUUGGGGAUGGCCGCAGCAGCAGAAGAGAUCUUGGGAGACCAUCUUGUUCGGGGAAUCAUCAACGUGCCACUAGGCAUCCAGGAGAGCCUGCAGCGAGCAGGAAGGCAGGAGAUGCUCCUGAAGCCACACAGCAAAAUCCAGGUCAUCGAAGGUGCCAAGAACAACCUCCCGGACCCAGAGGCUCUGAAGGGAGCAGUUGCCAUCCAGGAGCUGGCUGAGGGUCUGACUGCGGACGACCUGCUCCUUGUGCUCAUCUCAGGGGGUGGAUCGGCCCUACUGCCUGCUCCCAUCCCUCCUAUCCUCCUUGAAGAGAAGGAAAAACUCACAAAGAUGCUGGCUUCCCGAGGAGCUGCCAUACAAGAGCUGAAUAUCGUCCGAAAGACACUGUCCUUGCUGAAGGGUGGAGGGCUGGCCCAGCUCGCAUAUCCCGCACGGGUGGUGAGCCUCAUCCUUUCUGAUGUGAUUGGUGACCCCCUGGACAUCAUAGCGAGUGGGCCCACUGCUGCCAGCUCCCACAGUGUUCAAGACUGCCUUCAGAUACUCGCCAAAUACAACCUGCUGCACCACCUGCCCAAGUCAGUGGAAACAGUCCUGUCCAGCUCUCCCUCCAAGCCCACUGCUCUGGAAGACUACUCCCACGUUUGCAACAUCAUCAUCGGGUCAAACAUGCUGGCUUUAGACGAGGCCAAACACCAAGCCGAGGGCCUGGGCUAUGCAACUCUGAUUCUGAGCGCAGCAAUCUGCGGAGAAGUCAGCCGCGUCGCCAUGCUGUACUGCCAGCUGAUCCGGCUGGUCUGCCUGGGCUUCACCGGCCUCGGGGAAGGGCCCCUGGGUGAUGAGGUGAGGAGGAAUCUCCUGCAGCUGGCGGCAGAGCUAGAGAUCCCGGGUUUGAACCUUGCUGAGUUUCUACAGGCCCUGCGAGGAUUAGGGCCUGAAAGACCAGUCUGCAUCCUGGCCGGCGGAGAAACCACGGUUCAGCUUCAAGGAACCGGCAAGGGAGGGAGGAACCAGGAGCUGGCCCUGCGCGUGGGGCUGGGGCUGCACAGGGCACAGGCUACAGAAGUCAGCAGCUCCCCAGGGAAGUGCGAGAUCGUCUUCCUCAGCGGGGGAACAGACGGGCAGGAUGGGCCGACGGAGGCGGCAGGGGCCUUCUGCAGCCCGAAGCUGGUGGAUGAGGCACUGCAGGAGGGCCUUGAUGUGGAGGCUUUCCUAAGCAACAACGACUCCUAUACGUUCUUCAGCCAGUUCCAAGGUGGGCAUCACCUCCUGGUGACAGGCUUGACGGGCACCAAUGUCAUGGACAUCCAGGCCAUUUUAAUUAGAGCCACAGAGAGAUCAUGA